AUGGAUGAUCUCGCCGGCCUGAGCUGGACUCCCAGCUCCAACGAGUCCAACAAACCUCCGCCUAUGAGCUCCGGAUUAAUGAACACAAUGCGCGUCCCCUCUAUCCAACCACGCCCGACGCCGUCGCCAUCAUCAAAUGGAUAUUCUUCCAACCCGCCAUCGAAGCCAGCCACGCCGGCUAAUGACAGCUUUGCGAAUUUGGUAUCUUUUGGAGCAUCUAAUAACAAUAAGAAUCUAUCUCUCCUGGAGCAGCAGAGGAAGCUACAAGAACAAAAAGCCAAGCAAGAAGCCGAAAAGCGGAGCAAGUAUGAGGCACAGUACGGAGGCCGGAAUGCUCAGUUUUGGGAUAAUUUAGAUCAGAAAGGGAGCGCAAGAGUUGCGUCGCCGGCAUCUGCAGCGGCGCGAAUUCCGUCUCCGGACGAGGAUGAUAUAUUAGCUGCAUUCAAUGCAUCGGCGCCUGUGGAUUCUUCUACGAAUUUUCCUAUUCCCUCUGCAUCCACUUCUCGGUCAGCGACGCAGAGUCCAUUGAAUCGGACAAUCGAUGAGCCUGAAAACAACUUGGGGUUUGAUGAUGACGAUGAUCCAUUUGGUUUGGGAACAAUGAAACAAUCUAGGCCGACAGCGGUUCAGCCUUCAGCGCAGGAUAAUGACGAUGAUGAUUUUCUUGGAUUACUUGGGAAGCCUGUGUCUGAAGCGGCGCCUGCUAGAGCCAAAUCAAAGUCCCCAGCCCCAAGCCCUCCAGCGCAAGCCGACGAUCCACGAGACCGCGCCGUGGCUGAGCUAGUCGAUAUGGGAUUUCCGCUAGAAAAAGCCGCGGAGGCUUUACAAAAUACGGAAUCCGGAGUAGACGUGCAGGCUGCAGUUGGCUGGCUCUUGAAUCAAGCACAUUCCGAAUCACGGCAAAAAGCGAGAUCCAAGGCGGGGCUUCCACCUGAAGAGCAACCAUCGCGCAACCGCGAGGAUCAACGACCACGUAGACAAAACGUGCCGUCUUGGAUGAGAGAAGGGGAAACAGAGGGACGUCGAGGUGAUAGCAGAUCCCCGCAUCGUCAGGAGCGAGAUGUCAGUGAAAUGGCUGCUAGCUUUGGUAAUUCGUUAUUCAAAACCGCAAACUCUCUGUGGAAGCAAGGAAGCAAGAAAGUGCAACAGGCUGUGCAGGAGUUUAAUGCUGAUGCAGAUCCCAACCAACCAAAGUGGAUGCGAGAAGCUGCUUCCGCUCGGAGUCUAGAAGAGCGCGGCCCUCGUGCUCCUAAAGUUCCGCAGAAGGAUGUGCGCGGCCCUGUACCUGUACCUGAGCAGCCCGCAAAUAUGACGGAUGAAGCCUUACUUUUGGAGUCGGGUGCCGGCCGACCUGCUCGUAGUGCUCCUCGCAGACCUGGGUCUGUAGAGCCGCGACACCAACCUGCACCUGCACCUUUCACCGAGGGGCCGCCUGAGAGACGGGAGAACAGAAACCCUUUCCGACAACCUCAACCUCAACCACAAUCUCAGCCACAGCCACAGCAACAGCGGCGGCCGCAAGAGUUUGGCAGAGAUAUCAAAACUCAACUCACUCGAGGUGCGUUGGAAGAGCAAUCAGCACAAGCAUAUGUCAGCCCUGCCAGACGGCGGAGACCUCAGCAGCCAACACCGCCAGCAGUCGCCCAGGAUAACAAUAUAGAUCUAUUGGAUAGCUCAAACCCGAAACCCCCCCUUCCUACAAACCCGCCGGCCCAAGCUCCGAUUACACGAGCAUCAAAACCAUCAACACCAAUUCCAUCACGACCAAAAGUUUCUGCGCGCGCAAUCCCUUCAGUCUCGCAAUCGGCACUUUUAUCAUCUCACAAGGACCGUGAGAGCGGAAAUGAUGCAUAUAAGCGAGGAGAUUACGGCGCGGCACACGAAUCUUUUACCAAAGCACUGUCCUAUCUUCCCAAAGAUCAUCCCGUGACGAUACUAGUACUCAGCAAUCGAGCCAUGACUGCAUUAAAGAUCGGCGAGCCUAAAGUAGCCAUCUCCGACGCAGACACGAUUCUCGCAUUCAUCGGGCCUGCGAAGGGCGAAGGGGAAAACAUCGAGCUCGGAAACGGUCAACCCGCAAAGCCAAUGAAAGACUUCUUCGGAAAAGCGCUUAUGCGCAAGGCUGAGGCCCUCGAGCAUCUCGAGAAAUGGGUGGAUGCAGCACAGACAUGGAAACAGGCCGUUGAGGCGGGUCAUGGCGGUAGCACGAGUAUUCAAGGUCGAAAUCGAUGCGAGAAAGCAGCUGGUAUCAGCAAGCCUACCCCUGCUGCCGCCGCCGCACGACCUCCUGCAUCACGUCCUCCUCCCAGAAAACCACAACUCGCCCCUAGGGCAUCCGCCCUAAGCGACCUCUCGAGCACAAAAACAGCCCCCACAGCGGAAGCAGUCACACGCCUCCGCGCCGCAAACGAAGCCGCCGAGCGCGCCGAUGAGGAAAAACUUGCGCUAACGGAUAGCGUCGACGCAAAGAUAAUGGCAUGGCGGGACGGGAAACAAGACAAUCUGCGUGCCUUGUUGGGAAGUCUCGAGAACGUCCUCUGGCCGGAAUCAGGGUGGAAGAAGAUUAACAUGUCUGAGUUGAUCCUUGCGAAUAAGGUCAAGAUUCAGUAUAUGAAGGGGAUUGCGAAGGUGCACCCUGAUAAGAUUCCUACAACCGCUACCACCGAACAACGAAUGAUUGCAGGAGCGGUGUUUAGUACACUCAACGAAGCAUGGGAUAAGUUCCGCCAGGAGAAUAAUCUUUGA